GACUGAACGCUUGCUCAAGCGACCUAGACAAUUCCCCGCUUGUAUCACUUUCAACUCUUUCACGCUCACGAAAAGUUGCGGCCUUACAUUCAUGUCAGCUGAGUAUCCACCACCUGAAAUUGUGUUUUUCUUGGAAGUCCUGGUGACAGUGAUUCACGGAAUAGCUUUACUAGCGACGACAUUUAGAUUGUGGUUGAGAUUUAAGAUGCGACGUUUCUGGUGGGAGGAUGCUUGGGCAACUCUUGCACUAGGACUUGAUGUCAUAUGUGUCGUGGCUACUUGGACGUUGGUGGCAGCCGACGGUGGAAAACAGUCACACAUUAUUUCGUUAUGGUUGACUUUGUUAUCGUACACGUGUGUCAUCUGGUCAGCUCGCAUGAGCAUUGUAUUCUCUAUAAUACGCAUAGCUCCCCCCUCGGCUACCUUCCGGCGUCUGACUUACGCAGCAGCAGUCGUAUUUUUCUUUAUGUGGGCUACAAUAUUCAGCGCCAAAGCCUAUCUCUGCGGUGCAGACCGAUCAUGGUAUCAAGACCCAAUCAUACAGUGCCCUCUCACGCUGACUAUCGCUUUGAUUGAGCUUUGUACGGACUUGAUAUCGGAUAUCAUCUUGGUAGCCAUGCCCCUCCGUAUGCUAUGGCAUGUCAAACUACCAAAGAACCAAAGGAUUUUAAUCCUUGCUGUAUUCUCGUCAAGUAUACUCAGCUGUACAGUUAGUAUAGUUCAUGUUGU